AUGCCAGCCCUCUCCAUCACUUCAGUCCUACAAUCCACCAAGACUCGCUCUUCAGUUCCUAUCCAAGAUGACGCAGUCUCGAAGCGCACUGAGCGUGUAAGUGAUAAGAAGACAUUGGUGCCAAGCGCUCACAUUACUAGUCGCUACGAUGUGUACGAUCUCGUUGCUCGCACUUCUACUGUCCAUGUGUCCGAUCUGGAAUUCAUCGACAACUGGGCAAGAGCCUCGGUAGCGGUCAUGCCAUCCUCUUCUGCAUUUACGGAGCUCCCGGUUUCGAAUGUCAUUCGUCUCAGUAUCACGCUCAAGCUUCCAUUGGCUUUCUUCCGGUCAGUGGAGCGACUCUUAGGCAACGAUCCUGGAUCCUCAGACACAGAAUCGGCGGCUCAACAAGCAAGCCUUUGGCAGCGAUUGGGCUCUACGCUCGGUCGGUUCAAAGCUCUCAAGAAACUGGACUUGUGGUUGGACCAUAAUGAAACCCAAUACUGGGCCGUGGUCAACGAGCGUUUAACCCUCGAUCCUCUCCUCGCGCAGCUAAAAGGUCUUUGCGACCUUGAAGUUACCGUUACGCUACCUAUGCUUCACCCAAGAUUCGAAAAGGACGAGCGGCACUACAUCGACGAAAACCCUUCAACGAAUGCCCGUAUUCGAUCGGUGAUCAACGCCAUGACACUUAAACGCGAAGAGGCAAUACCUGCUUAUCUCGACGAACGUGCGCCCAACGGUGUCGUACCCGUAAGUGCCGCGUCUCUAUACUUGUUUAAUCUUAGUAUACUGAACCAUCAAUGCAAAAACAUCGACGACCUAGCUGCCUUCAUUCAUGGUUACAAGCAGCUACAACACGAUACCAUCCACCUCCGAAGUGAGCUCGCGGGGCGCGAUCAUACACAUGCACAAGCUAUUACUCAACUUCGACAGGCUUCAGAACACCAGAACGCCGAGCAUGCUGCUACAAUCACAUCCAAGGACGAGGAGAUGCAGAUACUGCGACGAGAGAAAGAGAGUCUGAGAGAAGGCAUCGAAGACUUGCAGUUUGAUGUCGUCCCAGUCAAUGACGAGGUUGCCAGGCUGAGAAUAGAGAACGCGAAGCUUCGGCGUGCGGCGACUCUACGCGCUUUCGAGAUCAAAGGCUUACAUAUCAGGAUCAAGGAUUGCAACAAGAGUCUUGAGAGCUACAAAAAGUGA